ACCCCGCACACCCACUUUGUGUUCAAGUUUUAGCAGCAGUCCUAUCUCUAAUUUCAGGCAAUUCGAAGCCGAGAACUGCAAUAAGUUGCGUGUUCAUGCAUUCCCAUCGCAUUUACCCGUAAACGGUACCUAAUUGAUCCGUUCCAUGCGCCAACAACGCUUCCGUCCCCCUUGAUUAGUAUUUUCGGUGGGGUGGUGGGGUUUGGACAAAUAUCCAUGUGCAUGAAUUGUCAAGUUGGCGUGUGGUGGGAUACAAGCGCAGGGCGGUCGAGAAAUGUAGAAGUUGUGUAGUGGGGUCACAUUAGAGAGUAAUAAGCGGUCGGGAGAAGGACAGAGCAAUCUGGUGUGUUGCAUAGUGUUUCUUGGAGGUGAUGAUGUUGGUGGCGGUUGGAACAGGAGUGAGCGUUCUUUUUGUAUAAACAUCAAAACCGACGAUUGAGCAAGAAGCGGCUAAGGGAGUGCUCGUAUUUUUGACAGGAGGCCGUUAGCGGGCUAUGUAAUUGAAAGCCGAAUUGAUAAGUUACUUGUUAGACUGUGUUCAAGCUCCAUGUGUUGAGUUUCGUAAACUCGUGAGAGUGCGGUGCAAGACGAGCUUGUCUCACUCGUUUGAAGAACUUGUAAACUGGGUUCAUCAGAUUUUGGCGGUUCAGCCCUUGUUGGGGUUGAAUCCUACAAGUGGAUGACCGAGGAAGACACCCCCGCUGUUGGGCUCUCGGAGCGGGAGGGUGGAUUUUUAAUGCUGAUAAUCGCUGGCGAGGGCGUGUGCAGGCGCUCUGAUCACAGUUUGCGCCUGAACAUUUGCUUCGUGAAGGAACCUGGUUGAUUCGGAGACAUUCAGAGACAGGAAGCAGGUGUUUUUCGCAGUUACAUGAAAGUCUACACGAAACGCGGGGCCGACGAAGCCCAUUUCGAUUUCCAAUUCUACAACUGUGAACUUAAUAUUUGAUUCAAACCAGCCACGGCGUCAACGCUUGAGUGACGUAAAUGUUCUUACAGAUUUCUUACGCCUAAUACCCGUCAGACUGUUAGAAGCGGAUUGACGUUUUUUUCUUUUUCUUUUUCUUUUUCUCUCUUCUCCAUUCAAAUCGAAAAAUUCGCGAAACAAAUUACACAAUGAAUACGCAGCAAUCAGGUUACUUUCUAGCUCCAACCCUAGUUAGUGCAGCUCCAAAGUUUGAGGCGGAGAGGGCGUCAUUCCAAGAUGCCGUACUCGGAGCUACUCCCACUUACGUCAAGCAGCUUGUUGCCGGAGGUGUCGCUGGCGGUCUAUCCAAGACUGCUGUAGCCCCUUUGGAACGUAUCAAGAUUCUCUACCAGAUCAAGCAUGGGAACUUUCAAUCUAUGGGAGUAUUUCGAUCUCUUUCCUGCAUUACUAGAACAGAAGGCUUUCGCGGUUUAUACAAAGGAAAUGGAGCUAGUGUUCUUAGAAUUGUCCCUUACGCGGCACUCCAUUUUGCCUCGUAUGAGCAGUACCGUCAUUGGAUAAUAGAGGGAUGUCCUGCUACAGGAACCGGACCUGUGAUUGAUCUUGUAGCUGGUUCUUUGGCCGGAGGAACUGCAGUUUUGUGCACAUACCCACUGGAUCUUGCCAGGACUCGCCUAGCUUAUCAAGUCAAUAGUUUGGGAAACAAAUCAUCGUUCGGUCAUGUUCUUCCAGCACCGUAUAAAGGCAUUGCGGAUGUAUGCACAAGGGUCUUCCAGGAGGGUGGAGUUCGGGGCUUGUACCGCGGAGUCUGUCCCACAAUGUGGGGAAUACUUCCAUAUGCAGGAUUGAAAUUCUAUGUGUAUGAAACAAUGAAACGGCACUUGCCCGAAGACUCUCGGUCAUCCUUACCUGCAAAGCUUGCUUGUGGAGCUGUUGCUGGUAUUUUAGGUCAGACUGUGACAUAUCCCCUGGACGUUGUCCGGCGCCAAAUGCAGGUGCAAUCCGAGAACGCAUUAGUAGGUGCUCGGUACAAAGGGACUCUUGACGCUCUUGUCACCAUUGCUCGUGGCCAAGGAUGGAGGCAGUUGUUUGCUGGACUUGGUAUCAACUACAUGAAACUGGUUCCUUCUGCGGCAAUUGGUUUCGCCACAUAUGACAGCCUCAAGAGCACCCUACGAGUUCCUCCUCGUCAAUCACAGUCUUAAAUCAUAGUUUUAUUUCUUAUUUUUAUCAUGCUAGAUUUGCUUGCUCUGGAGUAUACUACAAAUGUCACAACUUAUGAGAAAGUUACGUGAAACUGAUUUGGAACCGAAUUUGAACUUGUUGGCGGAUGAUACUAUUGAAAAUUUUCAAUAAAUAUUGUUAUCUUGUUGCA